AUGGCUUCGAAGGUAGUGGGCGGCCUACACAAAGCACAGGAGGCAGUACAGCGAGCCAGCUCGAAAGAAAAGAAGAUAGUGGAUCUAGAGAAUGACACAGCAAAUAUCAACUCCAAGCAGCCUCUGACUACUGACCAUGGCGUUCGGGUCGAAAAUACAGACCAGUGGUUGCGAGUGGUUGACGACAAACAUACAGGUCCAUCUUUACUAGAGGAUCAGCUAGCACGGGAAAAGAUCACCCGAUUCGAUCAUGAACGUAUUCCCGAAAGGGUGGUUCAUGCCCGGGGCACUGGAGCCUUCGGCAAUUUCAAGCUGCACAAGAGCAUCGAGCAGCUCUCGUGCGCGAAUGUCCUCACAGACACUACCAGAAACACACCGGUAUUUGUGCGUUUCUCAACAGUACAGGGAAGCAGAGGAAGCGCAGAUACAGUCAGGGAUGUUCGGGGAUUUGCUGUUAAGUUCUACACGGACGAAGGGAUCUGGGAUCUUGUGGGAAAUAAUAUUCCCGUUUUUUUUAUCCAGGAUGCUGUGAAAUUUCCAGACUUUGUUCAUGCGGUGAAGCCGGAACCUCACAACGAAGUGCCCCAGGGUCAAUCUGCCCAUAAUAAUUUCUGGGACUUUGUCUAUCUGCAUUCUGAGGCCACGCAUAUGGUAAUGUGGGCAAUGUCGGACCGGGCGAUUCCACGAUCCUUCCGAAUGAUGCAAGGCUUCGGAGUCAACACAUUUGUUCUCGUCAACAAAGCCGGUAAACGGCACUUUGUUAAAUUUCACUGGAUACCACAUCUUGGUGUGCAUUCUCUGGUUUGGGACGAGAGUCUUAAAAUAGCCGGACAGGAUCCCGAUUUUCAUCGCAAAGAUCUGAUGGAAGCUAUCAACAACAAAAUCUACCCGAAAUGGGACUUUGCAAUCCAAGUGAUUCCAGAGGAACAGCAAGACGCGUUCGACUUUGACGUUCUCGACGCAACCAAAAUUUGGCCAGAGGACCUUGUUCCUCUGCAGGUCAUCGGCGAGAUGGAACUCAACCGGAACGUCGAUGAAUUCUUCCCCCAAACGGAACAAGUAGCAUUCUGCACGAGCCAUAUAGUCCCCGGAAUCGACUUCUCCGACGAUCCACUUUUGCAAGGCCGGAACUUUUCCUACUUCGACACGCAGAUCAGCCGCCUUGGGCCAAAUUGGGAGGAGCUGCCAAUCAAUAGGCCCGUGUGUCCAGUACUCAACCACAAUCGCGAUGGGAAAAUGCGACACCGUAUCACGCAGGGCACAGUGAACUACUGGCCAAAUCGGUUCGAGAACUGCCCCCCGACGAAUGCAACCGGUGACGGCGGAGGGUUCCAAACCUAUCCGGAGACUGUCCGAGGCACGAAACGGCGUGCUCUGAGCGCUAAGUUCGGCGACCAUAUAAGCCAGGCACAGCUCUUCUAUAACUCGCUUGCCGAUCACGAGAAAUUGCACGUGCGCAAGGCACUUGGGUUCGAAUUAGACCAUUGCGAUGACCCUAUGGUAUACACGCGUGUUGCCGGCCACCAGCUCGCAGAAAUCGAUCUGGCACUGGCACAGGCAGUCGCCGAGCUCGUAGGCGCCCCGGUGCCAGAGCGUGCGUUGAGCACGAAUAUUGGAAAACAGGCGCCUCGGCUUUCGCAGACUGAGUUCAUGCCCAUCAGGCCGACUAUAGCAAGCCGACAUGUGGCGAUUCUCAUCGGCGAUGGGUUCGACGCUGUGGCUUACGCCGGUUUGGUGGCUGCCGUGAAGGCUGCCAAGGGCCUGCCGGUCAUUGUUGGCACGAGACGAAAUCGCAUCUAUGCAGACGGAGAGAUGCCAAGUGGAAAAGGAACGGGAGGUGGCAUUAUUCCAGACCAUCAGUUCGACGGAGUACGAUCGACAUUGUUCGAUGCUACCUUCGUCCCUGGCGGUCCACACAUCAAAGAACUGGCCCAGAACAGCCAGGUUGAACACUGGAUUGCAGAGUCCUUUGGACAUCUAAAAGCUUUAGGAGCCACUGGGGAAGCCGUCGAGCUUGUCAAAAACUCUCUCGAGGCUGUCAAAGAGUUACAGGUUGCGUCAUCAUCGGAACCGGUGGAGUGGUAUGGCGUUGUCACUGCUGGGGGUAUACAGAAGCCCGAGAGCUUCAAGGAAACGGCUAAUAUCGUUCGAGAGGCGAAGGACUUCGUUGGAAUGUUUUUUUUCCAGAUUGCGCAACAUCGAAAUUAUCAACGGGAGUUGGCCGGGCUGGCAUCAGCCGUGGCAUUUUAG